GCGCUCAUUACUGGUACACUGGCUACAGAGGCUGCCAGCGGGGUCAGCCCCGAGAGUGGCUCAGACCGAGGGAAGUACAUGGAAAAGCCACACACGCGCAGGACUCCCGGGUACCUACCCCUCAUCCGGGGCCCUCAUCCGGGGCCCUCAUCCGGGGCCCUCAUCCGGGGCCCUCAUCCGGGGCUCGCUUCCGCUCACCGCCAUCGGACUCCUCCCCCGGAAGUGCCACUGAGAAGCGCGGUGCUCCAGGCUAUCUAGAGCGACCCGGGAAAGCCUGGGGCUGCCCUUAGAGCGAGAGUGUCUGUGCCGGGACGGCCGCUUGGCCUGCCCCUCCACUCGGCAGUGAUGGUCGUUGUCCUCCAGAACAGGGAUGGAGGAAAUAUCUGCCCAGGAAGCAGCAGGAUCACCAAUUGUCCAGUUUCAGUCUUUGGAGAGCCCAUCUGAGGGUCUGUCCCCAGAGCCUCUGUUCGAGCAGGACACCGACAUGGAACAGGAGCUCAACGGGGCUCCACCUGUUCCCCAGGUGCCUGCUCUUCCCCAUGAGGGAAGCCCAGGAGACCAGGCAGCUACGCUCCUGACAGCCAGGUACCAGGAGUUUGUGACAUUCGAGGAUGUGGCUGUGCACCUUACUCGAGAGGAAUGGGGAUGCCUGGACCCUGUUCAGAGGGAUCUCUACAGAGAAGUGAUGUUAGAGAAUUAUGGGAACGUGGUCUCACUGGGAUUUCCAUUUUCCAAGCCUGAUGGGAUCUCCCAGCUGGAACAAGAUCUACAGGUCUUUGAUCUGGAAACUAAGAAUAGAGAAGUCUUAAGAGAUGACUGCUCAGAUGGAGAGACCAGAGAAGAGAACAAGCUGUUGAUUCCUAAGCAGGAAAUUUUGGAAGAAGUACAUUCGUACAGAGUGAGAGUAGGAAGACUCAAAAAGGAUAUUGUCCAAGUUCCUGGGACUAGAGAAGUGUCUAAACCUGAGGACAGAUUAGAAAGGCUUCAGGAAAUCCUAAGGAAAUUUCUCUUCCUGGAGAGAGAGUUUAGGCAAAUAACAAUCAGCAAGAAAACUUUCACCAGUGAGAAUAAUGAAUGUAAUGAACCUGAAAAAAGCUUCAGUCUGGACUCUAGCCUUGAUACAGAUCAGAGAGUUCUUAGAAUACAGAAUAUUGAUGAUAGUGAUAAGUAUGACAUGGGUGUGAACCAGAAUUCAGCUGCUGGUAAACAAGAACAAAUAAAUCUAAUACAGGAUGUCCAGAGUACUGAAUAUAAGGAAAGCUUAAUGGAUGUCUCCCACCUUAGUAAAUGUGAGAGCAUUCCUGCCACGGAGAAAUCCUAUAAAUGUGAUGCAUGUGAGAAAGUCUUCCAUCAGAGCUCUGCCCUUUCUAGACAUCAGAGAAUUCAUACUAGAGAGAAACCCUACAAGUGUAAAGAAUGUGAAAAAUCUUUCAGCCAGAGUUCGAGUCUUAGUCGACAUAAGCGAAUACACACUAGAGAAAAACCCUAUAAAUGUGAAGCAUCUGAUAAAUCCUGUGAAGCAUCUGAUAAGUCAUGUAGUCAGAGCUCAGACCUAAUUCCACAUAAGAGGAUUCACACUAGAGCAAAAUCUUACAAAUGUAGUAAUUGUGAGAGAGUUUUCAGUCGCAGUGUGCAUCUUAGUCAGCAUCAGAGGAUUCACAGAGAGCUGCCCUGUAAGUGCACUGUCUGUGGCAGUGACUUCCAUCAUACCUCACACCUUGUUGAACAUCAGAAAGCCCAUUGCGAAGAGAAAGCCUAUGAGUUCAACGAUUGUGGGUUGACCUUUGUUAAACAUCAAGGAAUUCAUCUCAGAGAAAAGCCCUAUACAUGUAAGGAAUGUGGAAAAGACUUCAGAUUGAAUUCCCAUCUUAUUCAGCAUCAGAGAAUCCACACGGGAGAGAAACCCCACGAGUGUAGUGAAUGUGGAGAAGCUUUUGGUCAGACUUCAUGCCUUGUUCCACGUCAUAGAAUUCACGGGAAAGAGAAGUCCUAUGAGUGUCAUGAUUAUGAGGAAAGUUUCAGUCAGAGCUCAAACCUUGUUCUUCAGCAGGAAGUCCUCCCUAGAGAAAAAGCCUUUGAUUGUGAUGUGUGGGAAAAGAACCUCAGUCAGAGAGCACAGCUUGUUCAACAUCAAAGAAUUCAUACCAAAGAGAAACCUUAUGAAUGUGCUGAACGUGGGGAGACGUUUAGUCACAUUCAGGCUGCAUUCAACAUCUGAGAGUUCACACCAUGGAGAAAUACCAUAUGUGCUGAAGGUGGUGAAGCCUUCAGUCCUGGCUCACCCUUUAAUCAGCAUCAGAGAAUCCACACCAGAGAGAAACCCUCUGAAUGUGAUAACUAUAGGAAAAGUUUGUCAGCAUUAAACUUCAUCAACUUCCACAAACCCAUACCAAUAAGAAAACCUAUGGAUACCUUGUAUGUGGCAAAUCUUUCAUGCUGUUUUCAUAUCUUAGUCGCCAUUGGAGAAUUCUUACUGAAAUAAAAUUCCACAACUGUAACAAAUGUGAAAUACCUUUCAGUCAAAGAUACUACCUUGUUCAGCAUCAAAUUCAUUCUACGGAAAGAAUUCUGUGGAAAGCCUAUGAAUGUAAUAAGCGUGUAUGUGCAUGGGAGGAUUCAGUCAUCUUCCACCCCUUAUUCAACAAAGAGUCCAUGCCCAGGAGAAGCCAGUCAAGUGUAGCAAAUUUGACAAGUCUUUCAAUGGGAGUUCAAGUCUUUCUCAUUGUUAGAAUCUCCACACCAAACCAGAAUCUGGUACAAUACAAAUGGAAAGAUGUACCUCCACAUUUCAGGCUUUACUCAACAUCAAAAUACUGGAAAGAGAAUUUUAUAUCAGAUUGUUAAUAUAUAGCCCUGAUCUUUUUCAUUGCAAAAGAAGAUAGUCUGAGGAGACUUGGUGAAUGCAAUGGUGUUUCCUCAUGGCAUUCUUUUAUUUAAUAGGUGGUGUAAGUAGGUAUAUAAACUAUUUAUGGAACUCAUUUAAACUAUUUUUUUAAAUAUGGCCUAUAAAUGUUUUUAUUUUUCCUGAAAUUUGGUUCCUGUUACAGCUUCUCCAAAAUAUUGUUGAUACACCAAUGUAAGAACAUAAUUAACUUCUGGAAAGUAGCUCAUUUAGCUUUUUCCGCUGUUCUCAGCCCAAGUUCUCUCCAAAACAGACUCUUAGGUCUAUUGUUUCCUGAGCAUCCUACUUCCUGUUCCUUUCCAGCCACAACAUUUGGAUUCCUGUUGAUUUCUCCAUCUUCUUAGCACCUUCAAGUGAUGGUUUUCUAGUUUUAAGCUUCUCAUCAGCAGGUAUGCUGCCCCUACUUGAUGUUGGUGUUCUUGUGUCUUCUUUCCUAAAGUGAAGCAUCUUCCUUUAAAAAGAAUUGGAUUUCCACAUCCACAAGUUUGAAGGAUUCUGUCUCCCCUGUGUUUGUGGCAGGUGGCUAAACAUUUUCAAACGACACCCAAGUUCUUAGCUGCCAUGUCUGCAUUCACAGCCCUCUAAAAGAGAUGAUAAGGACAUCAGGGAGCCACAAGACUCCUGGUGGUCUAGCUACAUUCACUCAGCGCCUGUUCUGCAUGUCAAGUUUAGAAUUAUUUAAUACUCUUCUGUUGAAGGCCAGCAAAAUGCUCGGGUCUACUUUUGAUAGGGGAAAAUAUAAAGAACAUAUACAAAAAAUAACUUCAUAAGAGAAUGCAGCUUCUCAAAAAAGAAAUUACUGUUCUUCUGUAAUCUCUAGAGAGAGUAUUUCAAGAACGUGGCAGGUCUGUUCCUGGUAAAAUUUUAACCACUAUGAUUGCUUCUUUAUCUGUUUGGAUUUUUGCCCUCUCCACCCACUCUCCCUCAUCAAUCCUGGACCAUAUUUGAAAUGUGGGGGUUUUGUGUAUAGUUGUUUAUUCAUCACAUUUUCUGUAUUUUAUGAGUCUACAGGCCUUAUAAAAGAACUUAGGUUUUUUGAUUGAUAAAAGUGAUCACAUGUCAGGAUGCCCAGACUUCAGGAUCACUGUCAAUACCUAGUCAAGAAUUCAUGAUUAUUUAGACAGGUGUCAAAGCAUUUUAUUGUAUUUUUCCAUCUUAAGCUUCAUAACAUUUUGUGAAUAAGGCAAGGGUUACUUAAAAUUCCUACUGUCAUUCCAGCAAGUGAGGCCUUCAUAGUUCAGAUAUUAUAAUAUUCAUUAGGGAUCCUCAACAAAUAUAUAAAAAUUUAUUGCUUCUUCUAUAAGCCUCUUAUGGCUAAGCUCUAAGAUAGUUCUACCACCGUAUUUUGCCUCUUAGCCAUCAGCAAGCAUAGGAUCUUAUCAGGUGCAAGUAGAGAUCUAAAUGAAUUGAUUUAAAUGUAAAAGCAAAUGAAAAAUGCAUGUUUUUUCUCUUUAUUUCUGUGUAUGCCCUUAUGUACAGAGACCAAUGGUCACUUCUGGUGAUUAUGAAGCAGAUUAAUCCCUAAAUAGCAGAAUAUGUAAAAAUCACAUGUAUGCAUUUGGUUUAGGAAUGUGCUUUUGUACUUCCACUUGAAUAAAGGUGUGUUUGAUACUCAGAAUCUGUUUCAAAAAAUAUCUAAAGGCCUCAGCCGGAAGCAUUUUGAAACUUGGAGUCACUUUCCUGGCUGCGACACAUUUCCUCCCAGAAACCUCCUUCAUGACAAGAGUGGAGUGGAUCACCAUCCUUCAUACUGAUACAGAGCUUGCUUUUCUACAGACUUCUGGAACAGUCUGAAUGUUUAGGAUUCUAAAGGUUAUUUGAUUGGGCUGUUGUUGACACAUAAAAAUUUUGAGGUUUUGGUAGAACUAGGCAGAGUUUUUUAAAAAUAAGUAAAACAUUUUAAAACAAUGAGAAGCCAGAAUAAUCCUCGAGGACAAUUAACUUGUCUCUUUAACCCUGGAAUAUUUAAUCAGUCCAAUAUAACAGGAGUUUGUGUUUCUAGUCUUUUUAUCCUGAAAACUGGGGAGGGAAGAGAAGAAAUCUAAUAGCUGAGGUACACCAAAUGUGGUCUGUCUUCUGUCCACCUACCUACAUGGAUAUGUAUGUAUGUUCAUAUUUAAACUUAAUCCUCACAACUCUUCAAGGGAACUAGGUCUCUUUUACAGAGGAACUGAACUGUAGAGAGAGUGAAGAAUCUGUUACGGUCACCCAGCAAGUUAAUGGCUCAAGUCAGGCCUGACUCCCAGGCUUUUCAUUAUCAUGAUGGUAUUAGACACAUCCCAGAACCCAGAGAAGUUUUCUUUGAUAGCUCUUCAUUCUCUGUUUACAUCCUCAGUGAUGGACUAUUACCAGUUUGCAAUUGAUCUUAAAUGUUCCCAGAAGCUGUCUGGGACACUAGGAGAAAAUAUCCCAGUAUCUUUUGGGAGCUAGUCAGAGACCCUCCCUGAAACCGGCUUAGAUUAAUUUUGACGAUGACCUGCCACAGGUCAGAGCUCCCAAAUUUCUUACCUCCUGUCAAGCUACCUAUGCUUCUGUCACCAGAUUUACAGUUCCAUUUCUCAAUGCCUAGAAUGUGCUCUCUUUUUCUGCUAAUUGGAACUUGCUGAUUGAUGGACAUGUAUUAGGUUUCCUACCACUUCUGGUUAAAUUGUAGCAGUGAAGCAAUGUGGGUAAUGGGGAAAUCAAGUUUGAUUACUUGGUUUUUGGCUUGAACGAAAAAGUAGAUGUAGACUGUAGACAUGGGGACCCCUGGAAGAGGAGCAGGAAGAGUAUUUCAGGCAAAAGAGCAUGUCAGAAGGUCUUCAGGUGAGAGUAUGGCAUUUUUGAGGAAAUAAGCUCUCUGGAGGAUUGCCUCACCCUAGGAAGUAGUUUGGGAGCAACUGAGGAAGUCUAAGAAUGAAGUUUAAAGGAGACCCCUGGGGUGUCAACAGCAAAGCCCAAUGGGAUUCUCACAUCUGAAAAUGUGACAUCUAGUCUUUGAUUCAGUAGUACAGUUGCCAGAUACUGUGCUAUUCAAUGCUACCCCAUGGGCACAGUUAAUGUAAACGAAUCAAACCAUCUAUUAGGUAAUGAUGACUAUGACAGAUUAAGGUAGUAGUCCUAGCAAUGACUCUGGAAUUUACAUAUCUGUGUUUGAAUUUUGCUAUUUAUGGGCUGUGUGACUUUGGAAAUUUUACUUAGCCUCUCUAGGUUUCCUUGUCUAUAGAAUGGUUAAUAGCAUGAAAAUUAAGUGCGGUAAUGUAAAAGGUACUGGUCAUACAUUAAAUUCCAAAAAGUUAUGAAUAUAAACACCAAUAUAAAAACCCAUGAAAAUAUGUGGUUAGCAUAAAAGCUAAAAAAAAAAAAAAAAAAAGAGGGAAUUAAGGAGCAAGCAUUUAGAAGUACAGGACUAGCAUUGUCCAGGAAGGGAUACCCUGGGUUUGGAGAACUUAAAUAUGGCUCUAGGGGUCAUCAGGAAUGGAGACCGGUAGGAACUGCCUCCCCAUAGGCACUCCUUACUGGAGUCAGCAAACCUGUCUCUUCUUGCUAACGUUUGUACCCUAUGGCGUCACAUCUUACACUCCUUUCGAAAUACGGGCUCAUGAAGGAACAAGUGUUUCAUCCAGGACUGGAAGGAUUUUAAACAGCCCACCGUAUGAGUCAGUGAGAAAAUAAAUACUGGAAUCUUUAAUUCUGUUGAUGCAUCCAAUUCACCUUCACUUUUAGAAAAUGGUUAACCUCUUACAUUUGUAUCCCAUUCAUGUUUAUAAAUUUACAACUUGGGCAGAA